AUGCAGGUGAGGUCGAGCUCGUUCUCGAUCGUCACUGCAGAAAGAUCUUCGCCCGGCAGCCCCACCACGCUUUCUGACGGACGCAAAUCCGACGACAUUGAAAAACAAAAAUUCUUGCAGCCACGGAUCGAUCUCGACAUGUCGAAAGCGCCGGUAGUCGACGAGCGUCGCGCCUCGCUGGCCAACGAUGCGGAGAUCACGACAUCAUCAGCGCCCGUUGAGCGCGUCUCAGUCCGACCCAAGGGCACUUCUUCCUCUCCUGAAGGCUCUCCCAGCUCCUCAUCAUCCCACGGCGAGCGCUCCCACGGCGUGGUCGAGAUGAUGAGCCCCACCACCUCUGACGACCGACAACAGCCGAUUCAGAUCACCACCGAAGAAGCCGACAGGAAGAAAGGCCGCUUCGGCUACCUCAAGACCAAACAAUUCUGGAUCGUCCUCCUACUUUCUCAGGCGCUGGCCGUCACCAUCACUGGCACGAACACGCUCUCCUCUCUCCUCGUUGCAGAGGAGUUCUCGAUCCCGGCGUUCCAGACUCUGUUCAACUACGCUCUUUUGAACCUCAUCUACACUUCUUUCACGCUGUACAAGUACGGCUUCAAGCGCUGGACCCAACUCCUCUGGAAGGACGGCUGGCGCUACUUCAUCCUUGCAUUCUUUGAUGUGGAAGGAAAUUACUUUACCGUGCUGGCUUACCGGUACACCACGAUCUUGUCUGCACAGCUGAUCAACUUCUGGGCCAUCGCGGUCGUGGUCAUCAUCUCGCUCAUCUUCCUCAAAGUGCGCUACCACAUUGCGCAAUACGUCGGUAUUCUGAUCUGCUGCGGUGGGCUCGGUAUCCUCGUCGCCUCCGACCACAUCAGCGGAUCCAACCAGUAUCCGGCGGCGGACGCGGUGAAAGGAGACCUCUUUGCCCUGCUCGGCGCGACCUUCUACGGCCUGUCGAACGUCUUCGAGGAGUUCCUCGUCAGCAAGCGCCCGUUGUACGAAGUCAUCGGGCAGCUAGCAUUCUGGGCGUUGCCGAUUAACGGUGUUCAAGCCGCCAUCUUCGACCGAAACCAGAUCAAGAACGCACGCUGGAGCGGCAAAAUCGGCGGCUACCUGACCGGCUACACGCUCAUCUUGUCCUGGUUCUACUCCGCCACGCCGGUCGUCUUCCGCAUGGCUUCCGCGGCCUUCUUCAACAUCGGUCUCCUGACCGGCAACUUUUGGGGUGUAGUUGUGGGAACCCAAGUCUUCCAUUUGCAUAUCCACUGGAUGUAUCCGAUCGCUUUUGUUCUGAUCAUGGGCGGGCACUUUGUGUAUUAUGGCACGGAGGGCGUGUUGGGCGAGGCGAAGAAGCCAUGGCUUGGGCAGAACCAGGAGGGUGGUGAUGACGGGCUUGGGACUGCGAGGCGACAGUUGGAGAAUCCGAAUGCGAUUGUGUAG